UUUGCCACACCUACUUCUCGUCCCCCUUCCUCUUAGCCCCAGCGAAACGUAAACCAGCAAUCAUAAAACUCAUUACCAUUCCAAGUUGUCAGACCUGCAUGAAGACCCGUGAUCAUCAUGGAAUAUGUCCUGUGAGAAUGAGAAAACUUUUAAUGGCAGAAGGAAGAAUAUCAACAUAGUUGUUAUUGUGCAAGAAUGAAAAUAAGAUGUACCUAUCUACAAAAACUGCAGUACAGGUGCUACUUGAUCUCCCUGUCACUACUCAUUGUGUGUCUGUUGAAGCUUGUCUACAUAAAAGUGACUGUGAAGAACAGCUUUUUCAUUGAGCCCUAUGGAAUUUCUGCUGGUGCUUUUAGAAAUCAAGCACAUAAGGACAUCGAUUGCACUGCUAUUUAUGAACUAAAUCCAGUUGAGAUUGGGAAGUCUUUAGAAAUAAGGCGAAAAGAAGUCGUUACUUUGGAAGAUGAGAAUAUUGCAUCUAUAACUUCAGACUGUCAGAGGUACAUAGUUUGGAGGGGAUAUGUGGAUAUCUCGGUAUCGAGCGAGGAGCGGCAGUUUCCACUUGCCUAUUCAUUGGUUGUGCAUAAGGACGCCUAUAUGGUGGAACGGAUGUUACGGGCGAUCUAUGUGCCUCACAACAUUUACUGCAUUCACUAUGACCAAAAAUCUUCCAAGAACUUCAUAGCCGCUAUGGAGAACCUGUCCAAGUGUUUCCCCAACGUCUUUGUGGCGUCCAAGCUGGAGUCGGUGCAAUAUGCCCACGUCACGAGACUCAAGGCCGACCUUAACUGCCUGUCGGACCUCCUCAAGUCCCCGGUCAAGUGGAAGUACGUUAUCAACCUGUGCGGCCAGGACUUCCCCCUCAGGUCCAACUUUGAGCUGAUGUCGGAGCUGAAGAGGCUAAAGGGCGCCAACAUGCUGGAGUCCAGCCGCCCCAGCGAGCUCAAGAAACAGCGAUUCGCCUUCCGGCACGUGGUGAAGGACGCGCCUUUUGAGUACCAGAAACUGCCCGUCAAGACCACUCAGGCCAAAGACCCUCCCCCACACGGCAUCGAGAUGUUUAUCGGAAGCGCCUACUUUGUCCUGGCGCGCGAGUUUGUGAGCUACGUCUCCGAAAGCCGGUUGGCGGACGACUUCCUGUCUUGGUCUGCGGACACGUACUCCCCGGACGAGCACUUUUGGGCCUCUCUGGUACGGGUGCCAGGGGUGCCUGGGGGGGUCCCCCGGUCCACGCCCGAUAUCACGGACCUGAUGAGCAAGACUCGGCUGGUGAAGUGGAACUACCUGGAGGGGUCCCUGUACCCGUCCUGCACGGGCACUCACCUGCGUAGCGUGUGCAUCUUUGGGGCUGCAGAACUGCGCUGGCUUCUCAAUUAUGGACAUUGGUUCGCCAACAAGUUUGACCCCAAAGUAGAUCCUGUACUUAUCAAGUGCUUGGAGGAGAAACUUGAAGAAAAGCAGCGACACUGGGUUAACCUGGGGUCAAAAUGACCUUUUCGAAGAGGGUGGGGGUUGUGAGGCAUUUUGGAUUUGAGUUUGUGAGCAAUUGAAUAUAUAACUUCAAUAUAUUGUCUGUGAUAAAAACAUUUUCAAGCAGAAUAUUCUGAUGCACUUUAUGUUUCAGAUUUCAUUUCCAAUCAAAACUUUGACCUGCUUCAGGCUUCAGUCUCAGUCUUUUUUUUAACUGAGGAAACCUGCCGUACACCUUGGCUUUCAACAUCUGAGAGUCCAAGUCAUAUCAUGUUAUCAUAAGAAAGAUAUCAUGAGAAGAACAGAUAAGAGGUCACAGUUUAAUGCAAAUAACAUUUUUAAAGGAACCUAAUGCAAGGUUAGGCAAUGGCUGCAAUAACUGCUUAUUUUGAAUGAGUCUUGACUCUUGACACGUUGCAAUAAGUUCCACGGUGUGAUUGUUUGCCCUUCUUGUGCAUUGUAUUGCUUGGUGCUGUUAAAAUGUGUUAUCUUUUUUCCAGUCAUUUUUAGCUCUGUACCUUCAAAUGCUUCUUUAAAGAUAAAUUGAUGUGUUUUAAUUUUACUCUGAAAUUGCACUGCCCUUUUUGAAAAAGUUAACAGUUGUGCUAAUUCUAUAUUAGGAGUGGUUGUCUUUUAAUUACUUAUGGUAUGGAGGACUCAAGCUACUUUUUAUAGAUUUAUGUUAUUUUUACGCCUUUCGCAAAGCCUUGACAUUAGCCUAAGAGUGGAAUAACAAGUCAGUACAAUAAUUAAUUGCAUGUGGUUGAGAGUUUUGUUUUAAUAUACGUCACCAUAUCACAUAAAGCUACUGUUCUAAAGUGUCCAGAUCAUAUGCCCCUAUCUCUCAUCAUUUUGAGACAGAUUGAUUUGAUUGACACUUUCUAUGGAAACCUGCACUUAAAGGCAUGGUACUUUCAGGGAACGAAUACUGAUGACAGUACCCCCAACCUGAAUCCUGAAUCCAGCAUCCAGUGCCAUUUUCUAACCCAUAUCUGAACUUUUAUUUGUCUGAUAGGGAAGGUGACCACAGGUUUUUUUGGAUUCCACGGAAUGGGUGCUGAACAGUAAUGCUUUUAUUUUCCAGGAUAGGCUGUUCAAGCAGUACAAGGUAACAAGCAUGGUAGCCAGGUUUACACCUGAGUAUCCAUGUUUAUUUUAAUCAUUACAAAGACACUGAUGAUGUUUUCUCUUCUCUGGGAAUAUUGAUGAAUUACAUGCCGUCCGAAUUUACACAAAUAAUACGAACAGCAACAUUAAUCUGUCCAUAGAAUACUGAAAAUAAUUUUUUUUUAUUUCUUUUACUUGACUAUCGGGCACCAUAACACCCUCCAUUCUUCUUCAUUUAGAAAACCUACUGACUGUAAUUUGCUUUCUCAUUAAUUCAAUUCAUAAUUCAUUGCCAUGUCAACACAGUUGAUGGGAAUUUGUCUAGGUGUGCUUGCAUAGUAGUACCAUAAGAUACAAUAAAGCCAUAAAUUUAGGAUACUCUCAAUCCCUGCUCUGUAAAAUUGAACCAAACCCUCCCUAGACACACCAAUUUAUAUAUAUAUAUAGAAAUAUAUACUGUAUAAAUAUGGGUGAUUUGUGUGCACAUCUCAAAGGAAGCAUUAACAUAGGCCAAUCAUGAAUUAUAAUGGGGCAACUCACAACAAUAUUAUAUAGCUAGCACUGAGAUAUAAAAUAGCUUCUAGCAAGCAAAUCCCUCAAAACCAAUCCACUUUAGAUUUCUUAAUGCAAUGAAACUAGCAUAUCCCUUUCUAUGAACAUCAAACAUCUUUUCUCAUCUUGUGUUUGGAUGUCUCAUUUACAAAGUGUUUUAUUGCUUUAUUGUCAUAACGCCAUAUCAGUUUAAUGGACCAUGUAACAGGAAAUAAAAUCCUUUCUGACCAUAAAGCAUAAGCAGGCCCUACUUUGAUAUUUGGUGUGGUUUUGCCUUUCCACAGCAGUAGUGACUGAUGUUAUGCUCUGAAUUACAGGUGAAGCACCCGUAGAACUUCAAAAUUUAUGCUGAAAUAGUUUUACUUUGGCUGAAUACUGCAGAGUGCAAACAAUGAGAACCUCUGGUCUUUGAUA